UGCGGGUGUUGCGGGGUUCCAUGCGCGCGGGAACCGGCGGAAGGCGAUGGAGCGCGGGCUGGUCGAGCGGCUGGCGCCCAAGCUGGGCAUCACCGCGGCCGGGGUGAUCAGAAAAGCGGAAGAAUACCUGCGCCUGUCUCAAGUGAAAUGCGCCACCUUGCUCGUUCAGAUGACCUCCACAAGCAGCGCCGUCAUCUGCCUCGACUUGGCUGCCUCCUUCACGAAGAACCCGGUCGACAAAAGUUACUUAGUGAAACUGUCUGGCUUGAGCAAGACUGCUUACCAGAGCUGUUUGAGGUCCUUUGAGAGCCUGCUUGGUAUGAACUCCAACCUGGGCAUCCAAGAACUGGCAGUUCAGUUCUGCUGCCUGGAAGCAGUGAAUAUGGCAUCAAAAAUAUUGCAGAGGUAUGCAUCCAGUCUGCCAGAAGCUCAGCAAAUGGAUCUCGAUUUGUCUAAACCCUUGUUCAGAACCGCGGCGUUGUUCACUGCUUGCAGAUGUUUGAAAAUCAAAGUGGAUAAAACCAAAAUGGUGGCUGCAUCCGGCGUGAAGAAGCCCAUAUUUGACCGUCUCCACAGCCAACUGCAGAAGAUCAGCCAACACCUCAGCCAAGGAGAAAAUGAUCAGCUGACAGCAGACGCCGCCAAACCCCAGAAGACCUUCCUGGAACGCCUUGAGAAAGAAGAAGAGACUGAAGCAGAGGUCCCUCGCAAGCGUCCCAAAUGCACAGCUGAAGUCAAAGAAGAGUAUGAAGAAUGGAAACAAAGAAUUCUGGAAAAUGCUGCUAAAGCACAGAGAGACAGUGUUUGAUCUGAGCAUUUUCAGGCUGCAAACAGUCCAUCUGGGUUUUUGAGAUUAUAUAUUUAUGCAAGCACUUUUCUCAUAUGAUGAGAAAGGGAUGAUAAGAUUGGGCUCUGGCCAUUGCUUCCUUCCUGGAAUUCCACUGCAGAGACCACAGAAGCCUGCCUUAUCUGAUAGGCUGAGCCCAGCCACAGGGUUUGGGCUGCUGAAAUAGUCCCAGAGUUGAGUUUCCAGAGAAGCUGUCUUACUGUACUUUUGAGGCCUAUGCAAACACCCUUUGAUGUAGAGUAAAAGUCUCUGACACUUUAAGCCACCAGGAUUCGGUUUGUAGUGAUAGAAAUGCAGAUUAAAUUCUGAAAGUGAAGAUCAGAGCUCCAUGCCAUAUUUUCCUAGCCUUAAUAUUCAGUCCUGUGCAAAUUCAGAUUUUUUUCCCUGUCUACAUUUGCAUAGGACCAUGUACCUUGUUUUCAGUGGAGGUUGUUUCCAUCUACAAAGCUUUGAAUUAGGAUGUUAAGAUCUGCAUUCCCAAGCCAAGCAGUUCAUGCUCAUUUCCACUCUUUACAAUCUUCAUCAAAGUGACUAAAGGUGAUGAAUAUAGAAUUCUUCACUCUGUAUUUUUUGCCCUUUAUGCAACAUUUUAUCCUCUUUUAAGUCUGAUGCCCUUUUGAGGUGAUCCCUCUCUCUGCUUUAUGUUGUACUUUCUUUUGUGACUUUGUAGAAGACUUAACAGUGAAUGUGGAAAGACCAAUAAAUAGUUAUUUCUACAUUGUUUUGCAAAUA